AGAACAUACGAAAGGCUGAUCAGGUUACAGAAUACUGAAGUUUUUUUUAGAAAUUUUUCAAUGCGUUCCUUGACUCUUGUGACGUUACCAGCGUUCCUGGUUAUGUGUGCUGCUGUUCUUGCUGUCGAGAUGUUCUGCGAUGAACAACAAGAUAGCAAGCGCAAGAUGAUCCAGAGACUUUCCGAGAAACUGUUCGAUGGGUACAGGAAGGACUUCUUGCCACGUCUUAAUGAAUCAAUACCGGUUAAGGUGAAAUUCGAAUAUGAAAUUAUCACCAUCAAAGACGUGAACGCCAAGGAUCAGACUAUGACAGUGUAUGGUUGGGUGCGACAGGUAUGGCACAAUCCGUUUCUUCAGUGGAAUUGUUCCGAGUAUGGUGGCAUUGAAAACCUUCAAGCAAGCGCCGAGAAGAUCUGGGUACCAGAUAUACUAAUGUAUAACAACGUUGACCUCCAAGAUCGUAUUGGUGGUGGACCAACAACAUAUAAAACCAACGUUGUCGUCCAAGCAAACGGACAAAACGAUUGGAAAAGUCCUGCCAUUUUCAAAACUCUGUGUGCCAUAGAUGUAACCUAUUUCCCUUUCGACAUACAAACGUGUUCGCUUAAGUUCGGUUCUUGGGCUUCUAACAGUCAGCAGUUAACUAUGAGCCCGGAACAAAUGAGUGGAAAAUCAGAUCAGUACGUGGACAAUGGCGAAUGGGAUAUCCUCAAAAUAGAGGCGAAAAGGAACGUUGUACGAUACAGCAUAGGAACCUUUGACGACGUUACAGUUACAAUCGUGAUAGGCCGCGUGUUCUUCGUUUUCUGUGUGAACUUAAUCAUUCCGUGUUUUCUUAUUUCGUCAAUGAUAUUUCUAGGUUUUAUUCUUCCUCCAGAAUGCGGAGAAAGGAUUGGAUUGAGCAUAACCGUUCUUCUGGCGAUGACGGUCUUCCAACAGCUAACUGCGAACAUUUUCCCUUCAUUUUAUUUCCCGCUCCUUGGCCAGUACUAUUUUGCAACCAGCGUAGAAAUAAGUAUUUCACUCUUAGCGACAACGGUGAUUCUUAAUUUCACAGCGCGCAAAAAUAAGAAAAUGCCGCGCUGGAUGCGGAUUUUGUUUCUGCAGUGGACGGCGCGUGUGGUCCUGCUAAAAAAAACAGUGGAAAAAAGUUGUCCCAAACCAAAGUUCAAAACAUCCACCCGACGUCGAAAACCGGAGAUGGAACACAAGGACCAUGAAGAAGCCAAGGAAAAUGGAGCGGUUGUUCAUGAGCAAAUGAUGCACGGAUCAUUACCCGAUCAAUUCGAGCGAAAGGAUGACCACCUUGUUGCUGAGCUCAAACGCAUGUUCAUGAUUUCCAAAAAUCUUGACCACGGUGGCUUACGAUACGCAAACUCGGGUAAGAGCCCCCACUUAAAUGUAUUUACAGACGGCCAAGAUACCUACAGCCCUGAACCUUACGAAGCUUGGGAUGAGACUAGCUUGUCAUUUACAGGAGUACUUGAUGAAAAUGGCGAAGAACUCAACGAAAACGAACUCAAUUUACGUAAGUGGGAGUGGAUCAUGGCCGCCAGGGUCCUGGACCGAGCUUUGCUGUGGGUUUCCAUAAUCUCUGGAAUUGUAACAUUCUUUGCCAUUUUUAUGCGAGCGCCUCGCUUGCAAGCAGUAUUAUUUGGUUCCUAGAUCAGUGAUGAAAUGCGGUUUACUUUUCAAGAACGGAAAGAAAAGAUCUCAAGACAGUAGAUGAACACUUAAGUCAUCUUAAAUAAGCCGUGUAAUAUCAAUCCUGACAGUUCUUAAUUUUUGUGACAAUAUCACAAAACAAUUGUAAAAUAUCGUUUCAUUUUCUGUGCGAAUAUGUAAAGAUGUGAAUAACGCACAAUUUUUGUAAAAGACUUUGUAAUUAGUCUCGAUUCGAAAAAGAGGCUCCGUGGACAGCCAAAGUCAUGGAAAUGACGACUUUAUAGCGGGGGGCUCGGAAAACGAGAGAGCCCUUGGAGGGGCGGAGAGUCAUUUACAGUAUUCCUGAAAAGAAUGGCAAAGACCUCGAAGAGCAAGAGCUUAAGAAGAUAAUGUGAGAAUGGAACACGGCCGCUGUGAUCUUGGAUAGUGCCUUAUUAUGUACCCCAACAACAACCUGCCUUGUAACGUUUGUUGCUUGCGAGAGCACAUCGCUAGCAAUGGUUGCUUUUUAAAACGAAGACAACAUUUCGAAGCCAUGUACCGAUUCGAGACGGUAAAAAAUUGAGCACUCCUGAGAAAAGACUUUUACAGGAGCUGGUUUGAGGUGAGAA